AUGUUUAAAGCUGGAGAGCACACGCCCCCCGGUGUUGUCCUCAAUCGUGAAAACCAGUCUGCUCUCUCUGGUUUAGUAAAUGAUUCCAUACAGCAACAUCAUGGCAUGGCAUCCAAAGGAAAAUGGCAAUUCCAUGGAAUAAUGGCCAAAAUCUUGGGUUUCACUUGA